UAAUUAGAUUAUAUAUUAUAUUAAUAGAAGAUGGAAAGACUACAAAGAUUAUUGGGAACUGGUACUCAGCCACAAAGUGAAGGACCAGCAAUUGAUAAUGCAGAAACCGUAUAUAUAUCCUCAUUAGCACUUUUAAAGAUGUUAAAACAUGGAAGAGCUGGGGUUCCAAUGGAAGUUAUGGGAUUAAUGUUAGGUGAAUUUGUUGAUGAAUUUACUAUUCAUGUUAUAGAUGUAUUUGCCAUGCCUCAAUCAGGUACUGGUGUAUCUGUUGAAGCUGUAGAUGAUGUUUUCCAAACUAAAAUGAUGGAUAUGUUAAGACAAACUGGUAGAGAUCAAAUGGUUGUUGGUUGGUAUCAUUCACAUCCUGGUUUUGGAUGUUGGUUAUCAUCAGUUGAUGUUAAUACUCAACAAUCAUUUGAACAAUUGAAUAAAAGGGCUGUUGCUGUUGUUAUAGAUCCAAUUCAAUCAGUUAAGGGGAAAGUUGUCAUAGAUGCAUUUAGAACUAUUGAUACUACUACUUUAAUGAUGGGUCAAGAACCUCGUCAAACUACUUCUAAUGUAGGUCAUUUAAAUAAACCAUCAAUACUGGCUUUAUUACAUGGUUUAAACCGUCAUUAUUAUUCAUUAAAUAUUGAUUAUCAUAAAACUUCAUAUGAAACUAAUAUGUUAUUAAAUUUGCAUAAAAAGAAUUGGCAAUCAGGAUUAAAAUUAGUUGAAUAUGAUCAUGCUGAACAUUCAAAUUUAGAAAAUACUGAAAAAAUGGUAAGAAUUGCUGAACAAUAUAAUCAAAGAGUUCAAGAAGAAAAGGAAUUACUGGAAGAUCAAUUAAAAACCAGAUAUGUUGGUAAACAAGAUCCAAAGAAACAUUUAUCUGAUACUGCUGAAGCAUUAAUUGAAGAGAAUUUAACAUCCUUAUUAACAGGUAAUAUUAAUGCUGUAGCCAUUCAAUAGGUUUAAUGAAAUUUUUAAAAUAUACAAAAUAAUAUAAGUCGCACUAAAUAAAUGUAUAUGUAUAUGUAUAAUAUAAAAAAUUAUAUAUAGUACAAUAAAUUCUCUAACUAAC